CUUUGUAGUUGUGUCAUCAUCGUCAAAUUGCUACGGGCACCUUCAAGCUUAACACCGUCACAGAGCUCAUCAUCUCCGCCGCCGAACUCUUCACCACCGGUUUGCUUCAACGGUGUUUAAGUUCAUGGAUCGAUCUCUGAAUCUACUCGAUUUAGCCUUAGGGUUUGAUCAGGAGCUAGCUGAUUCAUCGCCACUAACUGGGAAGGUAGUGCUCAUCGAGGACUGUGUGGAGACUAGUGGUUCGUUUGUGCUUCACCAGCUGAUGAAGCGUGUUCUCUCCCCUAACUCCUCUGAUGCCCUUAUCUUUCUCGCCUUUGCUCGACCCUUCUCUCAUUAUGAUCGAAUCCUGCGUAAACUGGGAUGUAAUUUAGCGACUCAAAAGACAAACAAUCGAUUGGUUUUCGUUGACAUGCUCAUGAUGAAGUGCUCAGAUGGUGAACAAACGGAAGGAAAUGCGAGUCCCGUUGCAAAACUAUUUCGAGAGAUACAAGAAACCGUUCGAAAGCUACGCAGUGUAACUAAUAGCAACAUAACCGUUAUGGUGGAUGACAUGUCUCUCCUGGAAAUCGCUGCUACCAGUAGCAAUUCAGAUCACGUCUUGGACUUCUUGCACUACUGCCACACCUUAACUUCUGAAAGCAAAUGUUCGCUGGUCGUUCUCAAUCAUGAAGAUAUAUACUCGAGCAUGGAGAGACCUGCAUUUUUGCUAAAGAUGGUGUGCCUUGCAGAUGUUGUGAUAAAGGCAGAGCCUUUAGCCUCUGGUUUAGCAAAUGACGUACAUGGCCAAUUGACUGUUCUGAACAAGGGGAUAGGCAACUCGGGUCGAGGGGGAAGCUCGAGGAACAAGUUGCAGAAUUUUCAAUUCAGGAUUAAAGAAAAUGGUAUCGAGUAUUUCUAUCCCGGGUUCAGAAACUGAUGAUUAGAGACCGAUUCUAGUGUUUAUCAUCAUGUUAUGGUAGUGAGAUGAAUCUAAAACUUUGUUUUUUGGGUUAGCAAGGAAGCUGUUGCAUUUAGGUUUUGGGAGAUUCUUUACUCUGCUCAACAUUGUUACCUUCUAUUCGUCUAAAGUCUAAACUAUUAUCUGAGAAACAAUUACUGGAACACCCGGACUCGCCAUACUAAAAAUCAAUUCUGGUUUAUUUAAAUUAAACCAUCAUUUAUAAUUAA